UCCCGCCCGCCGCUUCGCAAUUCUCCUCCGUCUUCCGUCGUUUCCUUCCAUCAACCAUCAUCGUCGCUCUCUCGUCGCAUCACUCGGAGCCAUCUCCGACUGAAGCGCUUAUCUUUCCUAUCACAAUCUUUUGCUUUUGAACCCGGCAGCUCGUCAUACUCGUCUCAACACCCCUUCCGGCGCAAAAACAAGCCCGACGCGCGCAAACCUCUUAUUUGACGCACAAUUUCGCCACCAUCCUAAAUUACUACUCACCACCCUUAUUCGACUUCCUAUCGCGUGUUGUCACUAUCAACUCCACCCAAUCGCAAAUCGCAUCGUAUACUUCACAUCAUGUUACUUCCAUCCGCUCUUUCCUGCGACGUACGGCGACCGGCGAGCCGCUCGCGCUACACUCCCAACCGCUUGUUUUCAACACCUCCCCCGUCCGACGACGAUUUCGUUCCUUCAGGCAACGGCCUCCUCGGAACCUGCCGCGCAUUACAAUCACUUCUCCACGGAUCCCCAGCGCCUCCUUCCCGAGGCGCAAAUCCUGAGCUUCUCCAAAGUCCUGUCCAGAUUCGAUCGCGCAAGCCAUCGUCGCGCCAACGCCAGCGAGAGACCAAACACACACAGAUUCCCCCCUCCCGGAUAACCCCACAAAGCCCUUCGUCUGGCGCUCUCAAGCGCCGCCGCGACGCUUUCGAAUCGGAGAUAGAAGACGAAUUUCCCACAGUGACCAAUUCUGAUCGCCAGACCGAUCCCGAGACGACACCAACAGAUGAACAAUCGAUGCGUUCGCAGCGCUUCGCCACACCCAAACGUCAGAGACACCUUCCCUAUGAUCUGCCUCUCGGCCUGUCACAUUCAGACUUCUACUCUCUCCAUUCACCACCCGUGUCGCAAUCCCCAGCGUCACCGGCGCAUCAGCAACACGCAGCCCCAGCGGCCCGCAAAGCACGCGCAAGCGCAAGCGCAACGACGCACCCCUACAACCCGGACACAGCGCUUCCCUCAAUAGAGGGUUCAGAAUCCGCGCUGUCCACCUCAUCCCCAUCCAGUCCCGAUCUCACCUGGGCCGAAGAAGACGACCAACGCCUCAUCGGCCUCGUACUGGAGAAAUUCCAACUCUCCCAGCGCACCUGGGACGAAUGUGCCGAGAAACUCGGCAAGGAUCAAGCCUCCGUCGAACGCCGCUGGCGAUCCCUACUCAGCGAUGGACACAUCGGCCUCCGUCGCGCCAGCGAUCGUAAAGUCCGUCGACGAUUGGAUGAGAGCUUGAUCUGAUCUUUCCUUCUCUACUUUCUCUUGUUAUCUUCCACCCAUACUUUCCAUUCUAAUCACUCUUUCCUCCGCCUUCUUUCACCGACCGACCACAAUCAAGCAACCCACCUCCUUGACGGAGAGACUUGAUCUAUCGAACUUACAAAGUCCCUCGAUGGGACCUCAGGGACUUUUGUCCAGCAACUCCCGACUUUACGUUACUAAUGUAUCUAUAUCCAUCUAUGUAUUCUACAGCCUACAAAAGGGGGACACGGUUUAUACGGGGCGAACUAAAAUCUAGGCGUGUUUUUGGCUUCUGUGUUUGGCUUAUGGGAUAUGGGUCUCUUUUUUAUUGUUUUUGGCGGAUAUUCCCCCUUCAGUUCUUUCUAUGGUCUAGCUUCGAGGUUGGGUUUUUUGGGGGGAGUUAGACACAAAAUCAUUCCAUUGAGGCCAUAUCUGGUCUCGUUUUCUUUUCUGAA